AUGGGGGAAGCUAAGGAAUGGUUACAAAAGGAUCUCGCGAACUCAAUCCACAACUGGGACGAUCUUGCAAGGAAAUUCUUAAUCAGGUUUUUUCCCACAAAGAAGACAAAGUCACUGAGGAGCUAUAUUCUGGGGUUUCAACAACGAGAUGGGGAGACUCUUCGACAAGCUUGGGAAAGAUACAAGAAGCUACUCAGAGACUGCCCACAUCAUUGUCAGACUGAUGAGGUAUUGGGUCACAUUUUCGUUGACGGGUUGGACGAGGCAUCAAAGAUGAAUCUUGACUCAGCAUGUGGGGGUAGUUGCAUGGCAAGACCAUACAGAGAGAUCCAAAUCCUGCUAAACAGUUUUACUGCUAAUGAUAAUAAUUGGCAAGGAGAUGGGAAACCACGAAGAGCACUUAAACAAAAUACAGCAGGUGUGAUUGAGCUUGAUGAUCUCCCAGCUCUGAGGGCAGAUAUAGCGAGAUUAGCAAAUCAGAUGAACAAAAUGACAAUACACCAAGCACAACAGAUGCAACAUGUGCAACAGAUGUCUACUUGCUGCGAGUUAUAUGGUGAAGGUCGCACAAGUGACAUAUGUCCCGUGAAUCCUAAAUCAAUCUACUAUGUGGGGCAACAAUCUAGAGGGCCGAUGAAUCAACAUGCUCGAUAUGGUAACACAUACAAUCCGAACUGGAGGUAUCAUCCUAACUUCUCUUGGGGUGGAAAUCAGAAUAUCAGGCCUCAAGCGAAUUACAAUCAUCCAUCUCAAUCCCCACAGCGAGCAGAAAAGAAUUUGACUGACAUGAUGAAAAAGCUCUUGAUAGACAAUCAGAAAGUUAUGGCUAAAAAUCAACAAGUCAGGGCUGAGAAUCAACAAUUACGCACAGAUGAUACUGAGCCUAAUCCUAAGGCUCAAGUCAAUGCGGUUACUUUGAGAAAUGGAAGAGAAUUAGAAGAAAUUCCAGGAAAAAAAAAGAAGAAGUAUACAACUGGACCUAAAGAAGAAUUAGUUCCUAAGGUCGUUGAGGAGAAUAAGAAAGAAAAGCCAGAAAUUGUGACAAGGCCGCCACCUCCGUUUCCACAAAGACUGCAAAAGCAAAAUGAUGAUGCUAUGUACAAGAAAUUCUUAGAUAUUUUGAGCCAAGCAGAUGAGGAAGUACCCAUUAUUCUAGGGCGACCAUUCUUAGCUACUAGUGGAGCGCUUAUUGAUGUUAGGGAAGGGAAGUUGAAGAUGAGAGUUGAACAGAAGGGGAUAGAGCAGAGCCCUGAUGUGAAUUGUAGUGAUUCGGAUGGGACAACUGAGUUGGAGGAUGUGGUGUUGCAAGUUGAGUGUGUAAGGAUAAUUGAGAAAAGAGCCAGAGAUGAAAGAGGAGACCUUCUGAAAGCAUGUAAAAAGGCUAGACUUAAUGGGGUAAAGAAGAAGAGAAAGCGCCCAUCCUGA